AUGGGGAGAGAUCGAAGGCAACGGGAUGGGAAGGGAGACUGCAGAGGCAACGGGACAGGAGAGGAGAGCGCGAUGGCGUGGGAGGGGAAGGGAGAAACGAGGCCCCUCCGCGGCCCUGCCCAGCCCCUCGAUGGCCCCGCUUCGGCCCCUUUACGGCCCCUCAACGGCCCCUUUACGACCCCGUCGCCUCCUGCGGCCCCAUCGCCCACUGCGGCCCCGUCGCCACCUGCGGCCCCGCCCACCCUUGCGGCCCCGUCGCCCACCUCGGCCCCGUCGCCACCUGCGGCCCCGCCCACCCUUGCGGCCCCGUCGCCCACUUCUACCCCGUCGCCACCUGCGGCCCCGCCCACCCUUGCCGCCCCGUCGCCCACUUCGGCCCCGCCGCCACCUAAGGCCCCGCCGCCACCUGCGGCCUCGCCGACACCUGCGGCCCCGCCGCCCAGCGCCCGCAGCGCCGAGCAGCCGAACCGCCGGCCAGAUGAGCCGCCCAGCAGCCGAGCCGCCCAGCAGCCGAGAUGCCCGACAGUGGACUUUGAGGUCUGGGUAGAUGAUCUGCAGCUUUUCCUGCAGUGCGAUAGGGCAGACGGCCUCUCCCUGUUUGACCUCACUUCUGGUGCCUCCCCUGCCCCUGCUGCUGAUGCUGACGCCACUCUUCGCUCACAGUGGGCCACACGUGAUGCUGCUGCUCGCCUUGCUGUGUGCCGCCACUUACUGACCACUGAGCGUGCACACUUUAGCCAGUACAAGAGUGCUCAGACCUUGUACGACGUUGUAGUUGCACGCUACUCUUCCCCUGCCACUUCUGCACUGAGCCGCCUCAUGCUGCCGUACCUCUUCCCUGACCUUGUUGCCUUUCCCACUGUCGCUGACCUCAUUACGCACCUCCGCACUAGUGACACUCGCUACCGCGCUGCGCAUCCUGCUGAGGACCACUUCCUCUCUGUUUGCCCCACCACUCUCACCGUUGACCUCCUCGAGAAGGCCCUCCUAGCGAUAGAGAAGAGCAUAGUCGCUGUAGGAGCCUCUCGUGGUGACCCUCGCACCCCCGUCUUUGAGGGGUGUUCUCCCUCCCCCCUCUUGCCCUCUGUUGCCUCUUCUGUUGCGGCCGACCUCGUUGGUUUCGAGUCGGUCAGCGCUACUCUACCCCGAGCGAGAAACGCAGCACCGGCAAGGGCAAGGGGGGCAAGGGCACUGGAGGGGGUGGAGGGGGCGGUGGAGGUGGUGGUGGAGGCGGUGGAGGGAGUGGGGGUGGUGGUGGGAGUGGUGCCGGGGCUGGCGGCGGCGGCGACAGCAGUGGAGGAGGCGGAGGCGGUGGAGGUGGCGGAGGGAGCGGAGGAGGCGGAGGUAGUGGAGGAGGCGGAGGUGGAGGAGACGGCGGAGGCGGCAGAGGUAGCGGCGGCGGCGGAGGCGGCGGUGGUGGAGGGAGUCGCGACUCUGCGCAAAGGACUGGCGCCGGUGGUGCGCGGUGGGGGUUUUGGUCCCUGCUCUUACGUCCUCCGUACCGGUGACCGCGCUGGUGAGCAGUGCGGAGGCCCGCACUCCACCCAGCGCUACUUUGGUCGCCUGACGGACGCGUGGCGUCGCCAGUUCCCUGAGGCGUCAGAGAUCCCUCGCUGGGGAGAUCUGGCUAAGGCCGGGGUUGCUAUCUUUGAUCUUGACUUUCAUGCUAUCCUUGCUGCCAUGUAUGCUGUUGAUACUAGUCUUGAGGGUGCCUGUUACCUGUGUGUACCGCCUGACCCGGGCAUCAAGGCCGCUGCUCUAGGUGCUGGUGAGACUACUGCUCUAGGUGCUAGUGCGUCUGCUGCCCCAGAUGCUAGUGCGUCUGCUGCCCCAGGUGCUGGUGAGUCUGCUCUCUCAGGUACUACGUAG